UAAUUGCUAACUGUUUGUAUGUAUAGCGUAUCAGGGCUGUAGAUGACAAAGAUUUUUAAACCGAUAAGGCACUUUCUUUUGACCUUAACCCUACUCUCCCCAUUUUACCCUCACAGGAACAAGCUUAAUACUUAUGCACGUCAAUGGACAUCUUGGUAAACUAAACUGCCCCAAAGCUGGGCCAUCCAUUAUAUAUAGAGGGAGAAUAUGGACUAAAAAGCAUUAAAGUUUAUAAUAAGGGAAAGUAAUUGGACUCGGGAGGAUGUCGCCGGCGAUUGAACCACAAGCUCCGCUACUUCCGAAACAGCAAACGCAGGGGGCGAAUCAUGCGUCUAUAUCUGGUGCUGUGUUCAAUAUCGCCACAACCAUAAUCGGUGCUGGGAUCAUGUCGAUUCCGGCAACUCUUAAUGUUAUCGGAGUAAUACCCGCUUUUACACUUAUUGUCAUUGUCGGUCUAUUAGCUGAAGUAUCAGUGGAGUUCUUGGUGAGGUUUACGCAGUCCGGCGAAUCCAUUACCUAUGCUGGAGUCAUGAACGAGUCAUUUGGCCGACUCGGUUCGGUGGCUACCCAAGUUUGUGUCAUGGUGACUAAUCUCGGGUGUUUGAUAAUUUACCUCAUCAUUAUCGGGGAUGUACUUUCGGGAAGUCAAUCUGGAGGAACUGUACACUUGGGAGUUUUGCGAGAAUGGUUUGGCAUCCAUUGGUGGAACUCUCGCGAAUUUUCCAUCUUAGUCAUUGUCGUUUUCGUUAUGCUUCCAUUGGUUUUGCUAAGGCGUGUAGAAUUGUUGAAGUUCAGUUCAUUCGUAUCAGUGCUUCUUGCCUUGGUUUUUGUUGGCAUAUGUACUGUGAUGGCAAUAAUUGCACUUGUCCAAGGCAAAACCAAGGAUCCAAAACUAAUACCUCAUCUAGACGAACACACAUCCUUCUUUGACCUUUUCACUGCUGUCCCCAUCAUUGUAGCAGCUUUCACUUUUCAUUUUAAUGUUCAUCCAAUUGGUGUUGAGCUAAGCAAACCAUCAGACAUGCUCUUAGCUGUCCGAAUUGCAUUAGUUCUUUGUGCAACAGUUUACUUCGCCAUCGGCCUAUUUGGCUACUUACUCUUCGGAGAUUCAAUCAUGCCAGACUUACUAGUCAAUUUCGAUAGAAGCUCUGCUACACCAACUGGUGCAGUGCUUAAUGAUGCGGUUCGAUUGAGCUAUGCACUCCAUCUGAUGCUGGUUUUCCCUCUCUUGAACUUCCCAUUAAGAGCAAAUAUAGAUGAAUUUCUCUUCCCCAAGGAAUCCCUUUUGGCCUCAGACACCAAAAGAUUUUUGGUUCUCACAAUAUCUCUUUUGGUCUUUUCAUACUUAGCAGCCAUAGCCUUCCCAAACAUUUGGUAUCUCUUUCAGUUUGUGGGGUCAACAUCUGCAGUUUGCCUUGGCUUUAUCUUUCCUGGUGCUAUUGCUGUAAGGAAUGUUAAUGGUGUGUCCACAAGAAAGGACAAAAUCAUGGCAACAAUAAUGAUAGUCUUGGCAGUAGUAACAAGCAUAAUUGCCAUUUCCACAAAUAUAUAUAAUCUGCUUGGAGAUGGAGAAAAGUCAUAGUUUUUCUUUUCCAUAUAUAUUGGUUGAUUGAAUGAUUGUUAAUUCUGUUGUUGUUGUUGUAUCAAGUACGAACAUUGCUUUUAUCUUCUUCUUUUUCAACGAUAAUUAGGAUAAAAAAUACUUAAUAGUUGAUUUGAUUGUACAAAUAGAUAUAUUUAUAAUGAUAAUUAUGAUUGAAAAAAAAAAAACAAGAAUUGAUGUUUUUUUAUUGUAUUAUAUUUUACUUACAGAAUACAGAUCCACCAUCCUUUGCAAAA